AUGGGUCAACCGGCUCUCUCGGCUGAGGAUGAGAAUGCAGUUCUUCAGCAUGUGGAGCGUUGGCUGAAUCAUGGAUUCUUUCCUUACCACAUGUUGGCAAAAGAUGCAGCCAAUGCGUAUUUCCAUAACCACCAGGGUUACAGCCAGAACAGGCCAAACCUCAACGUUGGAUGGCAGAAGGGUUUUUGGAUGCGUCAUCGAGGACUUGCUGAUCGCAUAGCCAAAGAGCGCAGCACACUAAAACUGAAAGGUCCGUAUGAAGAUCGGAGAGCCUGGAAGUUCUUUCAAACAUUCAAAGAUAUCAAGCAGCGGCUCCAGGUUUUCAACGACAACAUCUAUGCUAUGGAGGAUGCCGCAUUCGUAACCACCAUGUAUCGAAAGGCAAGCCUUAUGUUCGUUCGACCAAUGAACCAAAAUCACAAGAGAGAAGAACGGGCAUUCUCGUCUGUCAUCCACUGCUGCUCAACGCGAGGGAAACACCUGACCCCAUACGUCAUUUGUAGAAGCCAGGAUCCACCUCAGACGAAGAACUUUGGUGAUAUCAAGGUUUCUUUUACCCAGUCAGGCUGGGCUGAGGCGAAUCAUGCAGUUGACUGGGCGAAGACCGUUUUUGAGCCACAGACUCGACCCAAAGGCCGGCGUCAAACAUGGAGAAUUCUGCUGAUUUCCCAUCGAUUCCGCAUACUGUUUCCAGAGUUCGAAAAGUUCUGUUGGGAUAAUAGGAUCGCUUGCAUUUGUUUCCCUAAGAAUGAUCAGCAGUUCUUCAACCCAAUGGAAAACAUCGCUUUUGGCCCCAUGCAAAAGAGCUAUACUGACUACAUGAGAAAGAGAUUCUCCGAUAACAAUGAAAAUGCUAUCACACUGGACGUGAGGGAAUUUGCAUCAUGGAUUGGUGGAGAAGUCGCUUCAUCUAAACGAGCGGAAGAAGCUGCGGAUACUUGGCGUCAAAGCUGCCUUCUGCCGCUAGAUGAAUUCCGCCUUCGCAACUGCCUCCAAGGGAACCGAGCUACGGCCGUGCCAGAGGAUAGAACCUCCAUCCUUGAUAGCCGUCUCUACUCGGACGAGACUCCGCGAAUCGCGAGAUCACUGGCCACAUCUCGAACAAGUGUUCCUUUGCCCAUAAUUCCUUCCAUGGAGACAGAGAGCAGAUACUCCAGCCGCGACUACUCACAUCCUUUGCCGCGGGAAUCACAGGAGACUGAAGAGAGAGGCGGUAGCUAUGAAUCCGGGGGAGGUCAAUCCGACAGUGAAGGUGAAAAUUUCAACAGUCAUCAGCCUAUGACACCAUCCAGAACACCUAGGUUGCCAAAGACCCCUCGGGCGAAGUCUCCAGAGACAGCAUCACCUGGCUCUAUGAUGUCGUCCAAGAAGCACCGGGAUACCUUGGACAAAUGCAUAGAAGGAUCACCUCAGACACGAAAAAGGUACCGAGAUGAUUUGAUUUUGGACCGUGGAGAUCUAGAGAAAGAAAAUGUUCGUCUCAAAGAAAGGGUUGAGCUUUUGGAACAGUUUGCCUUCAAGAGACCGAGACUCGACUGA